AUGUGUGUAGAGCCCUGUAGUCGAAGCUUCUUACCUGUGGUGGUUGUUCCCAGUGGUCCACGGGAGAGCCUGCCACAAAAUUGGUUGGACGAUAACAGCCCUCAGGAGAGGCAGCGCAGUCGCAGCCAGUCGGACCGCCGCGGCAGCCCCACCUCGGGCCACCGCCCGCACCACAACCACCACCACCACCAGGACUGGUUGUCCGCCUGGGGUCGCCUCGUCGGAGCCAUAACGGGGGGCGGCAGGAAACUGGGUGUCGGCUCAGGCGGCAGCACCAAGCGGUGCCGCGACGAGAUGGAGUCCGGUGGCGCCGCCGCCGCCGCGGUCUCCCCACCACCCGCCGCCGCGCACAACAGCGCCGAGGCGGCGAUCGCUUCUGCGCAUGCGCCGAGUCCUGUCGCGCAUGCGCCGGCGGCUGCCGCCGUCACUGCGCAUGCGCCGACCGUAGCGCCGGGCUCGGAGCCGGCGCGCAGACAGAGCUGUCUGCCAGUGUCCAGCUACAAGCUGCGCAGGUGGUUCCACCCCAACAUCUCGGGCAUCGAGGCGGAGCUGCUGCUGAUGGAGCGAGGCUUCGACGGCAGCUUCCUGGCCAGGCCGAGCCGCAGCAACCCGGGGGACCUCACGCUCUCCGUCAGGAGGAACGGCGAGGUGACGCACAUCAAGAUUCAGAACACGGGGGACUUCUACGACCUGUACGGCGGCGAGAAGUUCGCGACGCUGUCGGAGCUGGUGCAGUACUACACGGAGAACCAGGGCCAGCUGCGCGAGAAGUCGGGCGAGCUGAUCGAGCUGCGCUGCCCGCUCAACUGCAGCCAGCAGCCGGAGGCCGCCGCGUCCUGCACCGAGCGGUGGUUCCACGGGCACCUGUCGGGCAAGGAGGCGGAGAAGCUGAUCCUGGAGAAGGGCAAGAACGGCAGCUUCCUGGUGCGCGAGUCGCAGAGCAAGCCGGGGGACUACGUGCUCUCCGUGCGCACCGACGACCGAGUCACACACGUCAUGAUCCGCUGCCAGGACGACACCUACGACGUGGGCGGGGGCGACCGGUUCGAGACCCUGUCGGACCUCAUCGAGCACUACAAGCGCAACCCCAUGGUGGAGACCAGCGGUACCGUCGUCCACCUCAAGCAGCCCUUCAACGCGACGCGCAUCAACGCCAGCGGCAUCGAGAGCAGAGUCCGCGAGCUGCAGAAGGAGAACGGGCAGUCGACGGGCAAGGCGGGCUUCUGGGAGGAGUUCGAGUCGCUGCAGCAGCAGGAGUGCAAGCACCUCUUCUCCCGCAAGGAGGGCCAGAAGCCGGAGAACCGCAACAAGAACCGCUACAAGAACAUCCUGCCUUUUGACCACACGCGGGUGAAGCUGAGGGACGUCGAUCCGAGUGUCCCCGGAUCUGAGUACAUCAACGCCAACUACAUUCGGCCGGACGACGAGGCGGGCGACUCGGGGUGCGGGCGGUGCUACAUCGCGACGCAGGGCUGCCUGCCGGCCACGACAGGCGACUUCUGGGAGAUGGUCUGGCAGGAGAACACGCGCGUCAUCGUCAUGACGACCAAGGAGGUGGAGCGCGGCAAGAACAAGUGCGUCCGCUACUGGCCGGAGGAGGGGCAGAGCAAGGACUUUGGGCGCGUGCGCGUCCGCAACCUGUCGGAGUCGUCGACGGCCGACUACACGCUGCGCGAGUUCGCCGUGUCGCGCCUGCCCCCGCAGCCCCAGCCGGCACUCCCGCAGGCUCCGGACGGCGGCGGGGGCGGCGACGGCAGCGACUCCGGCUCGUCCGGCGGGGGCGGGGGCGGCGGUCAGCGCGUGCAGCAGAAUCAGCACGCGGCGGCAGUCGGCGACGAGCGUAAAGUGUACCACUACCACUUCCAGGCGUGGCCGGACCACGGCGUGCCGUCGGACCCGGGCUGCGUGCUCAACUUCCUGCACGACGUGAACGCCCGGCAGGAGAGCUGCGGCCCGAGCGCGGGGCCCGUCCUCGUCCACUGCAGCGCCGGCAUCGGCCGCACCGGCACCUUCAUCGUCAUCGACAUCGUCCUCGACCAGAUCAAGCGACGAGGGCUGGACUGCGAGAUCGACAUCCAGCGGACGAUCCAGAUGGUGCGGGCGCAGCGCUCCGGCAUGGUGCAGACGGAGGCGCAGUACAAGUUCGUCUACCUGGCCGUGCAGCACUACAUCGAGACGGUGCGCCAGCGCGCCCAGGCCGAGCAGAAGAGCCUCCAGCUGGGCCGCGAGUACACCAACAUCCGCUACUCGAGCGACGAGCUGCCGUCGCCGUCGCCCGUGCUGCCGCUGCCGCCGCCGCCCCCGCUGCCGCCGCACCCUUCCGCCCCCGCCGCCCUCGCCGCGCCCGGCUCGCUGCCCCUCGCCGGGCUGACGGCCGCCCCUCCGCAGCGCCAGGGCGCCACGUCGCUGCCCGCCAGCCCCUGCGUCGGCGUCGGCCUCAGCGUGGGGGCGGCGCCUCCCGUCGUGCGGCAGGUGCGGACGCCUGCGAGGGCCGUGUCCGACGCCCACCUGCCCAGGCCGCCCGACGACUUCCCGCGCCAGAUCUACGAGAACGUCGCGGUCAAGGACCGCAAGCUGUCGGCGGCGUCGCUGGGGCCGUCCUCGACGCACCACAUCGGGCCGCCGCCACCGAGCUUCGCCCCUCCGCCCCCGCCGCCUCCGCGCAAGACGUGACACCGGCAGCAGCAGCAGCAGCGGGAGGGGCGCCACGCCGCGCCGCCCCCGCGGAUCGCCGUCCCGGCGGGCGACCUCGCGCCCCUACUGGCGGCCCCGACGCCGCCCCCACUGUCCCCGCCCGAGGACUGGAGGCUCUGAGGGGGCGGCGCGCCGCCUCCGGCUGGCGUGUGUUCGGACGGGUGCGUCCGCGACGUCCUCUGUGUACAGACUCCGCACUGGACACUGUGACGGGGUGCUCCCCACGUGCAGUGCGAACGUUCUAGUGAGUGCAGUUUGCGACAGAGGUCCGGACCUGAUGUCGUACGUUAAGGAUCGACCGGGAUACGAGACUGAAGUGUAAAUCUUUUUUUUUUUACAAGUGGCUGUUGUCACCAUUUUGUUCCAACACGUAUUCUUACUCACCAGUGGAAGAACACACACACACACACGAGGAGUGUGGUACGUCUUUUAUAUGAACUCCUUACUUGUAGCACUCGACCACAAAAAUUAUCGAAUGUGUGGUGACAGUGCAGAAUAUUAACAGGUCGAGGCUCAAACGCGGCACUUCCCGCUUGUGGCGAGCAGUUUGUCUGACCGCCGAGUACGCCUCCGGGCUCCAUCGAAACUCUCGUGUCUGAGCAGUUGGCAGUUACCGUUUCGUGUUAUAGCUCCUUCUCUGACCUCUAUCCCAGCUGAUCCGGUUUUAGUUUCAUUGCAUUACAUCCGUUGUGCGUAAGUUGUUGCCCACUUUGCAGCAGUGAGCGUCAUCUUCUGGCCGUACACGAGGAACUGAACUGUUGUGAAACCUACUCCUGUCUGUGGCUCUCGUGUAAAAUUUGAAUGUGGAAAUUUGUACUUUUGAAACGCAUUAUUUGCGCCCAUCACCCCCCCCCCCCCCGAGGAAGAUUUUAUAUGUUGAAUGCUGUAAUUGAUGUGCGUAUGAAACUUUAAUAAUUGCCCGUACAAGCCCAGUACGAGGGAUAACAUUGAAAAGAAAUGACCUGUGUUUAUCAGGUUUCAGCACGUUUAAGUUUCCAGAAUAAUUUGCCCUCAAUUUGUGAGACAUAUUUCUUAACCGACAACAUUUUUUUUUUUUUUUUUAAAUUUAAACAAAACCUAAUUACAGUGUCAAAAUUUUUUACUAUUACCUGAAUGUUUAUACCUCUGUCAAUUUUCAUCUCAUUUCCAACCGUAUGAAACCUCUAAUUACAAUGAAUAACUGACACCCGAGUUCCAUUCUCGUAAGAACCGGCUGCUCGAUUUGACAGUCGUCAGCAGAUGGCCAUUUUGAUGUCGUUGUCAUUGUAGUGUGAUUUCGCACCUACAUUGUAUACUGUGAGCCUCCCAUAUUUUUUUACCUGUGCAGACAACAUCCAUUACUUACAUUAGUGUAUCACUCGAGAAAAUGCAGUGCUAUGUGGUAGUGCACCUCAUUCGUCACUUUCAGUGCCCUGCGCUAACAUAACGUAGACUGCUGUGAAGCUUCUGUAGGAAUUUAAUAAAGAAUUCUCCUCAGAGCUGGAUGUAUCUCCUCGGAUACGGACGGAAUUGCAAAGUGUCUGUUUUCUUUUCACUUGUGACAGAUGGUCUCUCACUUUGCACUUAGAUGCAAAUAUUAGUAUGUUCGAAUCAAUUUUCUCAGUUUUCAAUCACUGACAGUGUUUUUUUCCAUAAACUUCACUGACUUAUCAUUGAAUUGUGACUGCUUUCACAAAUUGGGACUGUUUUUGUGCCUCUUCUGCACAGAAAUGAAUGAAUGAAUGAAUAAAUGACUUCAGACACUAUGAAACUUUCAGCAGUUAACUGAGACAUUUUAAAUAAGCACAGACAAAUGCUUCUGUUAAAGCGUUUGUGGCCGGCUGAAGUGUCUACAUUUGAAAAUGUUACAUACUUAAAAUAUACACCUCAUACAUAGGCCCUUUCAUACUUUUGAGUCGGUACGUGAUUUUUUAAUUGUAUACCUGUACUGGAAAUGUGUUGACUGAAACCUACUUCACAGACCACCAAAAUGACUGUGACAGGCUUCUCCAUAGACUGGUAAAUUCUCCGCACACUACACAAAAUUAAAUGUUUCACACAGAUGUCGUGGACGAAAUUGUUCCGCACAUUAUAUUUUAAGUCGCUACCAAUUUUUGGCAACACUCGAGGCAGAAGUUUCCACUGCGAGUACUUACACUCGGUCUCUCGAGUAUCGUAGUAUCGAGGAGAAUACGCAGUCCUCCGCUUCCUCGUACUGCCGACAGGAGAUAUGUGGAUCGGUUCGAGUGAGAUGUAGUGUGUGAAGAGAGGGAGUGUACGGGGGUCGGUGAGAACAGAGGCACACUUCAGAUCUCACAGCUCAGACGGACAGUUUGCACGAGCCCCGUUCUCGCUCGUCCCUUCUCUCUCUCUUCCGCGUGUUCUUCUCUGUCUUCUAAAACUGCCUCUACCGUACGGGACACGAACGUAACGGGUUUGCUGAGAGACGUCAAACUGCAGGGAGAGAAAGUGUUUUGAGAUCGGGUGUGUUAGCUUUCUCACACGUCGAGUGCCGAGCAGUUUCGAGAGGCCUAAUAUUGUCAGACUGGACAGUGGAAGUGGAAUUUUUUUCUUUUUUUUGGAAAAAGGAUGGCUGUGACAUUUUGCUGUGGACAAACAGGUUUGCGAGAGACGAAGAUGCUAUUUAUUGUGAACGCACAGGGACAACAGAGAACCGUUCGUGCCUCGGGAGAGAUUACGUCUGAUUGUCACGAUGUUACGUUGUAACUUUUUGUUUAUCGUUUAUUCGUGUUUUCUGCCACAGGGACGAGAGAUCGUACCCGAUCUGUUUUGUUUGUCACAGGUGAGUAGAACGAGAGAAAAGAGAAGCGGUCGCAUACCUCUCUCUGUUUGUGCGAAUAUUCUCUGUACUUUCCCAGCACGUUCCGUGUGGGAGGCACGAGAGAGGGAGAUUUAGCAAAAAUCCUUUUCGGGCAGAUGGCCACACCACGGUGUCAUAGCGGCCUUCCCCGACCCCCUGCUGCGCCCCGGUCUCCCCCUCCCGUAUCCACCCCUCUACUUUGCAGGGUACCUUACAGACUGGCCCUCUCAGAUUUUCUUCAAACUCGUACAACUUUGGACAUCACCUCACUUAAGCAGUACAGCACAAUUCUCAAAAACACUUCAGAUAAAUGACUUUGAAGUUUUCAGAGUCAAUUAAGUGGAAAACAUUUCACCUUCCCUGACAGAAUUGCCUGUAGCUCUGCACGUAGUUUUUCUAGUUUCCCUAUCACGAGGUCGUCGGUUUGAUCGGCACGUGAGUCGAAACUUUUUAUUUUUGUUUGACUUCGAUAUUUAUUAAGGUGUAUAUUGGAAUGUGUCCGCCCUCGUGGUCUCGCGGUAGCGUUCUCGCUUCCCGAGCACGGGGUCCCGGGUUCGAUUCCCGGUGGGGUCAGCGAUUUUUCCUGCCUGGAGAUGACUGGGUGUUGUGUCGUCUUCAUCAUCAUCAUUCAUCCCCAUUACGGUCGGAGGAAGGCAACGUCAAACCACCUCCAUUAGGACCUUGCCUAGUAAGGCGGUGCGGGUCUCCCGCAUCGUUCCCCUACGCUCUGUAAAGAAGCGUGGGACUUCAUUUCAUGUUGGAAUGUAAAAGAUUUCUGUCAAGUAUCUUUCAUAAAAGUCAAAGUGUGAUCCUCGCUUUUGUGAGUGACUUGUAAAAGUCCUUUGAUAGUGUAAUACGGUCAUAAUAAAUGUAGCUGUUAAUUAAUAAUUAUUGACGUACAUCCUAUUUUGUGGAUAAAAUUAUUGGUAACGCAUUAAAAUUUUGUACAAGAAUCGGAAACAUAAACUAGAAAUUAUAAUACUUUCUGAUUUCUAGACGUUAUAGAUAAACAAAAACGAUAAUCGAAACAAAAAUAUGUUAUUAAAAAUAUUUAUUUUAGUACUCCUUUUUUCAAACAACUAGUAAUUAAAAAUAUGUCACUUUCAUUAAAACAUUACAGUUACCUCAUUAUAUGUUAAUUAACGUGUCAGUUUGAUGAUAAAUGCAAUCGGUAGAAGAGGAACAAAAAAAUCUUCCCACGGCAGGAACGAACCGGCUAUCUCGUGAUUGUAACACUAGGACAACUGCCACACACCCGGCUACGGGCAAUGCCUCCGAGUUUGUGGAAAUUUUUGUACUUCGCGACACUCGGAAUAAUCGAAUUCGAAACCUCUGCAGCUCCUAGUAUUUUGGGAAAUUGCGCCGUUCCGCUUUAGGAACUCGCACCCGUGCAGUGACUUUUUAAGAGUACGCUGAAAAUAGUCCGUAAGGGCCCCUCGCCAGAGUAGAACUCUUACCCGUGUCGUCAAUUGUCGGUCGAAUACUUUCCAGUCUCCGCUUCCCUUACAGCUUUUGCCCUCUACAGAUCCCUCUACGGAUCCCCGACGUCCGACACGCGUCCCGUCCCUUCCCGCCGCCGUUUUCCACACGUUUCCUCGUCGACCCUGCAGAGAGCCUCCACAUUUCUCACAGUGUCGGUCGAUUCGAUUUACGGCCGUCUCGUCCCGAGCCGCUCGGACCUCACCUGUGGCGACAGUGCAGAGUCGGGUACGACCCCCCCUCUCCUGUCGUGUGGCGCCUGCCUACGGCACGCGGCCGACGUCCUCACGGCACUGCCCGAGCAGUGCGUGUGCUGUCAGCCGGCUGCGCUUUUUUUGUGCUUAAUAAAUAAAGCUGUGGAAACUAAA